GAACCAGUAAAUACAUACCGCUCUGCGCUCUCCGUCUGAUUCCCGAAAGCAAUUGACAUAUCCUCUAUUCCUCUCGCUGAUCAUUCCCCUUUGGACUGUACAUCGUCGUCUCCAAUUUCGCCUACAGAUGGACUGGCAGGGGCAAAAGCUAGCGGAGCAGUUGAUGCAGAUUAUGUUGGUUGCAUUUGCCGUGGUGGCUUUUUUGACUGGCUAUAUUAUGGGAUCGUUUCGGAUGAUGAUCUUGGUUUACGCUGGCGGUGUGGUUCUCACAACAUUAAUCACUGUUCCGAAUUGGCCUUUCUUUAAUCGCCACCCGCUCAAGUGGUUGGAUCCUAGUUUGGCUGAAAAAUACCCUAAGCCGCAACCGCAGGAGCCUGUGGUUUUGAAGAAGAAAACUGCUAAGAAGUAGGUCAGUUUAAUUGACGUUGUUCUUGUAUUAACAUACAGUUUGAACCAUUGAAUUUCUAAUGUUCUCAAAAUGAUGAUACAUACACUCGUUAUAUGGAUUAUAAUUUUGAAGUUUUAGAGAAUGCCCUUGCCUGUUGCUUUACUUUGGUUGCGGCUUGUGGAUCUGUGGAAA